AUGACAUCACUCUUAAUGUCCGAAGCACACGAACAGAUAUAAACCCUCCUUCACGAUCCAAGUAACCUAUAACACAUCGAAAUAACUGUCUUUCUUUGACAUUAGACAGAAAUUGCGCCUUCAAUCAAGAUGACUAAUGUAGAGGUGAGAAAUAUGUCCUUCAAGGUGGGACAGACCUUGACCAUCACAGGUGUCCCCAACCCAGAGGCAGCUAAAUUUGCCAUCAACAUUGGUCACAGUGCGGAGGAUAUCGCUCUUCACUUGAACCCCCGCUUCGACGCCGAAGGUGACGAGAGGCAGGUGGUGUGCAACUCCUUCCAGGCAGAAAACUGGUGUGAGGAGAUCCGAGACGGAGGCUUCCCCUUCAACCAGGGAGAGGAGUUCAAAAUAUCCAUUACCUUCACAAAGGAGGAGUUCUUGGUCACUCUUACUGAUGGCUCUGAGAUCCACUUCCCCAAUCGCCAUGGAGACGAGAAGUAUAAAUUCAUUUUCUUCGAAGGGGAGGCCAGGAUCCAGGGGAUUGAAAUCAAGUAACUGAGAGGGUGCUUUUCCUGGUGGGGGUGCAACUGGGGGCACAGCACCAUCAAGAUGGGUUGAAGAAACACCUUAGAAGACCAAACUUAUAUUUGGGCUGCUUAUUGGCUUCAAGUCUUUCUUUUACUACUAUUUCUACACACACACACACAUAUAUUCACAAACAAAUAUUUUAUCGUUAUUUUACAACAAAGGUUUUACUGUUAGGGAAUGGCUACAUAUUUAGGCAGUUUCAGGUUAACCAGUAGCCUACCUAAAAAUUCAGUGUGAUUAUUUCUUACUGAUGACAAUAAAUAUGGCUUCUCUGCUCAAUGCUGUACCUUCUGUGAUAAUAAAUCAUUGUGAAUAAUUAGGUGCAAAGGAUCUUUAACUUAAUAACUGUUGACAUCAAAAGAUUGAGUUCCAGUCUUGAAAUAUUUCAUUUACUUUUCAGCAAUGUGUCUAUGCUGUGCGUUUGAUAAUAAAUAAUUACGCCCCUAGGCAACGCCCCCAAGUCAAUUCUGCUUAAGGCCCAAUAAAGGCUUGGGCUGGCCCUGACUGCCUGCCUAGCAUGUUGCUAUGUGUAGCAAACCCAGGUGAUUUUUACAAGGAAAUGUUAAGGCUAGGUUCCAUCAUCUUAGGCUUUGAUAAAACUGUCAUUAGGCAAUUUUAUUCAUGUUUCAUUAAAAUAUAAGUGAUGUUGAG